AUGUUGCUUUACGUGCUUCUACAUGGCCCACUGGAGUUUUCGUCCGUAAAUUUGACUUCGACCAGAUACGACCCGAUAGAUUUCGUCAAUAGUUCGAACUUUUCUCAUGCUUUAUUAUUGGACAGCGAGAGUCAACUGACUCUCGCUCAAGUGAAGUAUCCAUCCUCGUUUUAUGCCCCUGACAACGAAUGCCAACAUUCCGAUUCGUGUUCUAGCAUACUCAACUUAACACCCGCGCCGUCAGCUCCGCUGCCUACCACUCCCAGGGCGAUACGAUCCCGCAACCCGGAUUCGAUGGUUCAGCUUUAUUACCAGAAUACUUGCGGCAUGAAUUCAAAUAUCGAAGACUAUGUGCUCGUUUUUUCGGAUGACUGUUACGAUGUUAUCGCGUUUACUGAAACUUGGUUGGACGAUCGUACCGUGUCAGGCUAUUUGUUUGGAAACGAGUACGAAGGUUCCCGUUGUGAUCGGAGCUCUUUCAACAGCCUGAAAAAGACCGGUGGAGGUGUACUCAUUGCCGUUCGUCGACGCUUGAAAGCUCACGUUAUUUGUGAUCCCACGUGGAAAACGCUCGAACAGAUUUGGGUGUCUGUCCAGUUGACCGAUAGAAAAUUGUUUAUCUGCGUUGUCUACUUUCCACCGGACCGCACCCGCGACAAGCAGCUGAUCGAUACUCAUCUUCAGUCUGUUUCCUCGAUUACUGCUAGAGCUAAUCCGCGCGACGAAAUAAUAAUUAUUGAUGAUUACAAUCUACCUAGUCUAUUCUGGCGCCCUGCUUGUGAUGGCUUUUACUAUCCCGACCCGGAUCAGUCUACAUUUCACGCUUGUGCUAUGGAUCUUCUCGACGGGUAUAACGCCGCUGGCCUACAGCAAAUUAAUGGCAAUCCCAACGAAAACGGACGCUGCCUAGACCUUUGCUUCGUCAGCAUCUGUGACACGGCUCCUAAGAUUGCAUACGCACCCGACCCGCUUGUCAAAACCGUACCUCACCACCCGGCUCUUGUUCUGUCUCUCGACAAUCGUUAUAGAAUCGAUCCACCGAUUUCAGCAAACUCGAUUCGAUUCAAUUUUCGUCGAGCUGAUUACGAUGGCUUGUCAAGCGCGCUACGCAACGUAGAUUGGAUUACUGUUUUGAAUCACACCGAUAUAGACCUGGCCGUGAACGAUUUUACUUCUGUCUGUACCGAAGUGUUGGAACGUUUUGUUCCUAAAGCCCGUCAUCGAAAGUAUCUCCCCUGGCAAUCUUCCACACUACGUCGUCUAAAAUCAAUGAAAAAAGCUGCAUUGAGAAGGUUUUCAGCAAACGGUACGCUUUGUUUGCGAGAACACUAUCGGCAACUAAAUUACGAGUAUAAAAAACUACGACGCUGCUACUCAAAUUAUAGGCGGCUGAUGGAGAGUAAAUUGAAGACUGAUCCAAAAAAGUUUUGGAAUUUUGUCAAAAUGCAGCGGAAGCAAUCAGGUCUGCCCUCUAGUAUGGAGCUGGCUGGCGAGAAAGCAGAUAAUUGUACCGCAAUAUGCAGAUUGUUCGCCGAUAAAUUUUCUAGUGUAUUCAACAGUGAAACUCUUACUAAUGACCAAGUUCUUGAGGCCGCUAAUAACGUUCCCUCUUAUGGACAAUCAAUCGCCUCGAUUAAUAUCGACGAUUCAAUGAUUCUAACCGCUGCUAGUAAACUGAAACAUUCCUAUUCUCUUGGUCCGGAUGGUAUCCCGGCCACGUUGCUAAAAAAGUGCAUCACUGAUUUACUUAUACCGUUGAGUUUCUUGUUUCGUUUGUCGCUUUCCUCAGGAAGAUUUCCUACAGCUUGGAAACACGCAUUCUUGUUCCCGGUGUACAAAAAGGGCGACCGUACAAAAAUCGACAACUAUCGUGCUUUGUGUGCUAUAUCGAAACUGUUCGAGCUAAUCGUACUGCAACCAAUUUUCGCGCACUGCCAAAAUAACAUUGCUGACGAACAACAUGGGUUUCUUCCGAAACGCUCGUGUACGACGAAUUUACUCUGCCUAACAAGUUUCGUAAUCGACAGCUUCAUUGACCGAUCUCAAACGGACACGAUCUAUACGGACCUCUCAGCCGCUUUCGACAAAAUAAACCAUCGCAUUGCCGUCGCCAAACUUGACCGUUAUGGCUUUAGCGGCAGCUUGCUGUGCUGGUUAGAGUCAUAUUUAGUGGGACGGACUAUGAGUGUGAAAAUUAACGACAAAAUCUCGAAAUCGUUCUCGGCUUUCUCCGGGAUUGCGCAAGGCAGUCAUCUUGGCCCACUAGUGUUCCUGCUUUACUUCAACGACGUACACUAUUCUUUAAAAUGCCCCCGUCUUGCAUUUGCCGACGAUUUGAAGCUAUUCAACAAAAUCAAACAUUCUGCCGAUGCCGCUUUUCUUCAGGAACAACUCAACAUAUUCGCUUCCUGGUGCGAGAUUAAUCGUAUGGUACUAAACCCGUCCAAAUGCUCCGUUAUAACAUUUACGAGAAAAAAACAGGCCACUACAAGUUGA